AUGGUAUUGGUGAUUGAAUAUAAAUUAUGGAUAAUUAUGAUGAUUUUAAAACAAUUAUCAGCUGUUUCUUAUAAUCAACCAAGAUUGUGUCCAAAUGCAUCAUGGGAAUUAAAUGGAACAAAUUUCAUAACAAGUUAUGUUGCUGGAGCUUAUAGUGGUAUUUUUAUCAAUACCAAUAACACGAUAUAUAUUCCUAAUAAUGUAAGUGGUAGCAUCCAGAUAUGGUCUAAUGAAAGUUCUAAUUCAUUAACGACACUUUCUGCCAAUUUGUCAAAUCCAUAUUCUAUAUUUGUUACAACUAAUGGUGAUAUUUAUGUUGAUAAUGCAUACUCGUAUGGUCGAGUGGAUAAAUGGACAAAUAAUGGAAGUAACAGAUCUACUGCAAUGUUUGUUAAUUCAGCAUGUUACGGUCUGUUUGUUGAUAUUAAUGAUACACUUUACUAUUCAAUAAGUAGUCUUAAUCAAGUUGUCAAAAAAUUGUUGAAUGAUCCUUCAAGUACAUUGACAGUUGCUGCUGGUGGAAAUGGUGCUGGAUCCACGCCAGAUACGCUUCAAAAUCCUAGUGGAAUCUUUGUUGAUGUUAAUUUUGAUUUAUAUGUAGCAGAUUGUGGAAACAAUCGAAUUCAAUUGUUUUUAUUGGGACAAUCAAAUGGAACAACAGUUGCAGGAAAUGGAUUACUCAAUUGUCCUCGUGGAAUUGUUUUAGAUUCUCAUAACCAACUCUAUAUUGUGGAUAGUAGUCAUAAUCGUAUUGUUAGAUCAGGACUCAAUGGUUCUCAAUGUAUAAUUGGAUGUCCUAAUCAACCUGAUGACCAUACAACACAACAAUCGAUGAUGACAACAACAAGUGCAGGAGUAAGCAUUUCAUCAACAAUUAUUAACCAAAAUCUUUUGACAACUGACACAACUGUAUUUGAUCAGAGAGCUCAAUCACUCUCACUAUUACCUUUUUUUGUUGCACCACCAUGCUCUAAUGAAUAUAAAAUUGGUAUGAAUUGUAGUAGUUCAAUCGCACCAUGUGAUAUACUCAAUCCAUGUCAGAACUAUGGUACUUGUUUCAAUAAUAAUGAAACUCUCUAUGGCUAUACUUGCAAUUGUACAUCGGAUUUUAGCGGUAGUGAAUGUGAAAUCAAUAGAUGUUGGAAUAAUGGUACAUUUAUUGAACGAACAGCAACAACAUUUAAUUGUUCAUGUCAAUCUGGAUGGCAAGGUCUUUAUUGUGAAAUAAAGAUAAACUAUUGUGAAAAUGUAACAUGUUUUAAUUCUGGUAUAUGUCGAUCAUUAUUACUCGAUUAUACAUGUGAAUGUCUUAGUAAAAGUUUUACUGGAAGGCAUUGCGAAAUAACUCAAAACACAAUGGUUAUUCAUCAAAUGGUUUCGAAAUCAAUUGGUUAUAUAUCAAUUAUUUUUAUUGUCGGAGUUUGUAUGUUCUUCGUCAUUAUGGAUAUACUUAAAUAUUGUUUUCGUAUUGAUCCAGCAAAAUCUCAAUUAAAAAAAACUCAACAAAAAAAACGACCAAAGAAAGCAAAACGUCCAUUAAUCAUUCAAAAAUUUGCUUAUGUUAAUGCAUCACCUUUGAAAGCAAAAAUUCAAGAAGAAUCAUCAUUUAUUAAAAGAACAAAUAUUUAA